AUGGAACAAGACUACGACCAACAUGAAGGCUUCGAGGACGCCUCGUCCGACAUGCCGUCGCCCGUCGCCAGCGAGAACUCGCUUAUAUUUGAGCGCAGCGUCGAGGACCCGUACCAACAGGUGUAUAAGGCAGCUCCAGCGUGCCAGGCGUGCUCAAACGCCGAGUCGCUCUCGCGCACGCACUCGCGGUCGCUGUCGCGCACGCAAUCACGCAGGCUGUCGCGCACGCCCUCUCACUGCCCAUCGUCACGCUCCAGCUCCGUCGUCAACGUCGCCACGCUCAAUGGCUCCGACCGUGACAGCCUGUGCAGCGCGCCUGGCUUUCCAGGAGGCCUGCCUGCCGGCUGCAAGCACUCCUCGCACAACCACACGCUCGAAAACCUCGUCGCCCCCGCUCUCGAUGCCGGCACGGCUCUCGUCGAGGAGAACGACACCAACCUCGACAACGUCGAGAUGAUCUACUCUCGUAGGCCCUCUACGCUGGGUCUAGACCUCGCCCUCGGCCGCACCCGCACCAACAGCCACUACAACUUGCCCGAGCUCUCGCGCGCAAACACUUCGGCCAGCGUCGCUUCCAACAUCUCCAACGCCUCUGCAGCCAGCGCCCAAACCGAACGGCCCCGCGUGCUACGUUUCUACUCCUACGCAGACAUGCUCUCCGACGAAAACGCCAACCCUCGCAGGCCCUCCAUCACACAAUCUCUUUCCUCGACCUUUCUGCGUCAGCAAAACCCACAGCAACCUCAGCCUUUGCUUCACAACCCGUUUGCCUCUCCUAACCGCAGGGGUUCCAACUCUUCCAAUAUGAUGCCUCUGUCAUGCACCACCAGCAGGAACCUCCCCAACCACGUGCUGAAUCUUUCUCGGUCUCCUACCAACCGGGUAUCAACACCGGUUCUUUCCAACGGCAACGGCAACGGCAACGGCAGCGGCAACGGAAACCAUACAAACGGUCAGCAGUUGCUCACUCAACAGCUAGGCACCCCGCACGCAACCACUCGCAAAAGUACCGGUAAAUUCCAUCUGGAAAGUAGUGGUAGUGAUUGCUCUGCCAGCGAGGACGACUCUGACACAGAGAUGGCCACUUCUCCAAAUUCCCCAUCUCUCUUGUACAACGCUACAAACUCUCAAAACCUCUACAAUACUGUUACAGGUCCUCGCUUGUCACGCACUUCCACUCAGAACAGUUUCAAGAAAGUGGCCCCACCUUACAAAGUUAGAACCUACUCUAACGCCAGCGGCAUCUCUCCCUUCCUUAAUUCCACCAGGGCCGGUACUGCUGCUGUACCCGGGAAUGCUCAAAACAUGAACGAUCUUUUAUAUGACGAGUCCCUGAAGUCCGGUUCUGUUGGCGACGUCUUGAGGAGGAAAGUCAGCAAUACUAAUGACGCAUGA